AUGGGUUCAUACUACAACAUCGAUGCUAUCUUGACGGAUGCUCAGAAAGUUCCUUGCACAUUCGAACUCUCAGUACCCAACAUGGGCUACCUGCAGGGCAAUCCAGGAGAAGAUAUCAAACAAGGCUCCAAGGUAGAACUACCACUCUGGCUAGCCGAAAUGCUGGCCGUCAGUAACCCAUCUGGCAACUCAUCACUCGCAACCCUAGAUCUACCACAAGCACUAUCACAGCGCGUAAUGAAUGCUCUCAAAGCAGAUCCAAAGACUGUAGAUCUACGAGCCCAGGCACAGCAUUUCUACAAUAUCGGAGCUCGCAUGCUAGAGUUAUUCGAAGAAGAAGAAAUGGUCGACAUUCUGACCGAUACAUUCAAGCAACGUGCAGCUGAAAUCUCAGACCAAGCGCUAAAUUCACGAAGUGCAUUGGGUGAGGGUGCCGACUUCGCAAGGGGGUUGGACGAGACAGAACGACAGUUGUUCCGCGCUGCCCAUGAUGGUACCACUGCGGUGAAGAAAUGGUUCGAGACAGCUCAGAAGUCAUGA